CCGGCGCUUGCCCCCAAGGUCCCCAUCGCCCGCCCCGGGGCUGCCCCGUCGCUGGCGCCACCAGCGGUGACCCAGAUCAUCACCCUGAAGGAGUGGGUGCUCCCGCCACGGCCAAAACCGGGGCGCAAGCCCCUGGUGGACACCCCGGCGCUGAAGCGGAAGGCGCAGAACCGGGCCGCCCAGCGGGCGUUUAGAGAGCGCCGAGCCACCAGGGUCCAGGAACUCGAACAGAAGUUGUUGGAGGUGGAAAAGGAAAAGGAGAUGAAGGAGAUGAGCUUGAUCAGCUCCCUCAACAAGCUCAAGGGCGAGAACCAGCUGUUGGUGAAGCUGUUGGAGCUGAUGAAACGUGAUAUUGCCAUGCUCAAGCUGUUGGCGUCGAGAAAUAACUCCCCCGCCGUGCAAGCGCUGCUGCCCCACUACCCGACGCUGAACGCUCCUUCGCCGUUUACGAUGGACUCGCAACAGAUCCUGCCGGCGCCGCUGGCAGACCUGCCCCGCACCGCUGCCGUCGUCUACUCGAAGCUGCUGCCGCAAACCUACCCGCCCCCGGCUCCCGCUCGGGCUUCAGUGGCAGCGGCGGAGCCCGUCGACUGUGGCGUGUGCAUCAAGGAUGAGUGUCUCUGCGAGAAUAUCGGCCUCAAAGAGCCCGCGGCGUCUUCGGCCCCGUCGCAGGGACCACCCCCGUACUCGGCGGUUGCCGCUUCUCCGGUGCUGGCACUGGGGUCGUCAACUUCGACUCAACAGCACCAGCACCAGCCCCAGCACCAGCCGCUUCUCUUGCUUGAGCAGACGCUCCGGUCGCAGCUCCAGGACUAUAAGCCCGAGCCAGCAGUGCUGUUGAAGAAGCGGAAGCGCGACCCCCAGGAGGCGAUGGAGAUCGACUUCACCGCCCACUUCGCCAAGCGGCCGAUGCCCGACUUGCUGAAGCUUGAGAAGAAGCAGCCGCCGCAAAAGAAACAGCUCGCGGUGCCGUUCAACAAGGACCUGCCGGUGGACCUGUGUGGGUUCUGCCUGGACGAUACCCCCUGUGUGUGUCGUGAAGCCGCCGAGGAAGCGGCUAAGCUUGGUCUCGAUGCCAACUCUCUCCCCCCGCUUAAUAACCUGGGCCCUCCCGCCAAUGGCGACGCGCACAAGGCGUCGCUCCCCGUGCUCCACCCGGGCCCGUCGCUCGAGAUCUCCAAUUUCCUGAAUUUGACCCCCGGCGCCGUCCCGUUAGUGGUGAACCCAACCACCCGAGAUCCGGUGUCUAUUCAGGCGCCAGCGGAAAAGGAAAAGAAGGAAGGGUGUACCGGUAACCCCGGCACCUGUAGCCAGUGCCAGAUGGACCCGUUGCUGACGUUAUUUUGCAGUACGGUUGCCUCGAAGGCCAAAGACGCGGGGGCUAAGCCACCGCCGCCGUUACUCCCAUCGACACCCACCAACCGUAUCUCGGGAGGUGACGGUCCCUCGACCCCGGGUCCGUUCACUCCCGGUGGUUCGGUGGCUCCGGGACAGCAGGGGCUCUAUAUCCCUUGUGCCGACGCCUAUAAAACAUUGCUGCGGCAUAAACGGUUUAGCCAGGUCGAUUUCUCAACCUUGGUGGGCAAAUUGACCACGCGAGGCAUGCAAGUCGAAGUCCAGUCGGUGGCCAACGUCUUGCGCGAGUUGGACCGCAAUAUUUAUAACUAA